AUGGCGGCGGUUUAUCUUCCACAGCUGUUGUUGACGUCACAAUUGCUGAUGUCAAUGACAACAAAACCAGAGUGCACGCCCAAGGAAUCCAACAUAACCAUACGCGAGGAUCAAGCCAUUGGGACAACGGGUACAGGAACAGUUACAGUCCAUGUUAAUAACGAAAAUGACAAUGCUCCAACUUGUACAACAUCAGCAGAGAGCCUCAUGGUGUCGGAAAACUCUGUUCCAGGUGACGUGAUUGUGGCAGAUUUUGGAUGUUCAGAUGAAGAUAAUGAUCUUUUGAUUUACACCUUGAUCCAAGACCCAGCAGACAAUGGGUUUGAAAUUGUAUCAAAUCAGCUCACAGUAAAAGGUACCCUUGACUAUGAAACAACAACGUUCUACAGCAUAAUAGUAACCGUAUCGGAUGGAUCGUUAUUCACACAGAUGAAACUGGCAAUAAACAUUUUAAAUGAAAAUGAAGCCGCUCCCCAAUUUUUUAACAAAGUGAUGUCCGGCACAGUUAGUGAAGAUGAUGUUGUCGGAAAGUCCAUUUCUACAGUUUUUGCAGUGGAUCCUGAUAACGAUGAUGUAGUCUAUUCAUUUGUUGGUAUAUAUCCAAACUUUAUGAUUGAUCCGAAAAAAGGGAAGAUUACACUUAGAAGUUCUGUAGACAGAGAGAGACAACCUACUAUUGCUCUGUACGUUCUGGCUUCCGAUGGCGAAUUGAGUUCCACGGCAACCGUAUUAGUGACAGUUCUGGACGUGAACGAGCCGCCAAAAUUCGGCAGUACUAAUUAUCACUUUUCCAUAGUAGAAAAUACUUCGAGUGGCGGUACUGUAGGAACAGUCUCAGCUGCAGAUGCUGAUGUAGGAGCGACAAAUGGGCAAGUCAGAUACAAAAUUCUUUCUGGAAAUGAUGAAUCCUACUUCCAAGUAGAAAGCACUAGUGUAGUUGUUACUAUUGCCUCUCCAACAGAUUAUGAAAAAUUUAAAACAGCGUUGUUGGUGAUUGAAGCAUCGGACUUUGGAUCACCAUCCUUAUCCGGUAUAUGUACAGUCAUUAUUCAAAUUCUGGACAGAAAUGACAAUACACCAGUGUUUUUAAGCUCUACUUUACAAGAAAAAGUAUCUGAAGAUACUCCUUUGGGACAGUGGAUUACUCAAGUGUUUGCUUUUGACAAAGACUCUUCUGAAAAUGGAAACAACAAAGUCAGUUACCAGUCUGCCUCCGUUGUGCCUUUCCAGGUGGAUUCAAUGUCAGGAGUGGUGACUCUUAUGGGAAAUUUAGACAGGGAAACAAUCUUAAGGUUCCAAAUGGUUAUCCUUGCCACUGAUGAUGGGGCACCUCGUAGGACGGGGACAUUGACGCUAGAAAUUGUUGUUACUGAUGUCAACGACAACGCUCCUGCAAUAACAGGAAGCUACCUUACUACGGUGUCAGAGAAUGUACCAGAAAACUUCGUUAUUUUUAAUAUCAAUGGUUCUGAUGUCGAUGGAGAUUCAAUUGGAAAACUUAAAUAUGAACUUGCUUCUUCCGAAAUGAACCCAAACUUUAAGAUAGAACCGAAUACAGGUGUAUUACAAGUUGCUUCUCCAUUGGACCGAGAAUCAGUUGAUAGAUAUGAUGUAAUUAUAAAGGUUUCUGACAACGGAUUCCCUACUAGGUCGACAUCUGUUACUGCUACCAUUAAUAUCGGAGACGUGAAUGAUAAUACUCCUACUUUCUCAAAGACAUUUUACGAAUUUCUUGUGCAAGAGCACGCUGUUUUUAACACUUUCCUCAGAACAAUCACAGCCACUGAUGAUGACAUUGGAUCAAACUCCGAGUUGACAUAUCAAAUAGCAACGUAUUGGAAGGGGUCGAUAGGAAAGUUUAGAAUAAAUGAAAUUACCGGGGACAUUUACACCACAGGAGUGUUAGAUCGUGAAAUUGAAGAUGAAUAUCGUAUACUCUUUAGAGUCGCAGAUGAUGGAACACCUUCUCUGUCUUCGGAUGUCACGGUCAAAAUUCAAAUUUCAGAUAUCAACGACAAUGCACCAGUAUUUCAGCGUCCAGAAUAUUCUACAGCCAUUUUCGAAAAUCUAGCUACCGGAAGUAAAGUUCUCCAGACGGGAGCGUUGGACAAAGACAUGGGAGACAACGCUGCCAUCAGAUACGAGCUUGACAUUUCAACACAAGAUGGCUUAAGAGCUGAUUACUAUUUUGGUGUGUAUGGAGAAACAGGUGGUAUAUAUUUGAAAAAAAGAGUGGACAGGGAAACAUAUGAAAAAUUCAUUCUGACUGUUGUAGCAAGAGACAGCGGUAAACCUUCUUUGUCGACUAAGGUAAAUAUUAGCAUACAAAUCGAAGACGUGAACGACAAUGAACCAACAUUUUCUCCUUUGUUCUAUAAUACAGAGGCAUCCGAUAUCAAUCUCUGUGAUGCAAUCAUCACUCACAUCACAGCUUCAGAUUCUGACUUGGGACGCAACGCUGCACUGAAUUUUGGACUUGAUCCAAAAGACACAUCAUCACCUUUUUCUGUCUCUCAGCUUGGAGUAGUAAACAGAAAGGCAGAUUUGGUCCAGUCAAAAUAUAUUAUCCACGUUAUGGCACACGACAAUGGAGAUCCAGUUCUGAUGUCAUCAGAACAAGCCACUAUUCGGGUUGACAGGUUUGAUCCAGACGAUGUCGUGGUCACGUUCUAUUUCGAUUUGGCUUUUUCAUCAUUUCUUCAAAAAGAAACGAAUUUCCUUCUUCAAUUAGAGGAAUCUCUGCGUUUCAAAUAUCCCACGGCAUACGUCAGAAGAUGGUGUAUAGAGGAAAAAGCAUCAUUUCUCAUGGUUCAUGUGUAUGCUGUAAAGACGGAGAUAACAAAUGAUAUAAACAAUUUGUAUAAGGAUAAAGUAUUUCUAACAAACGGCGAGUUUCUUAACGUACUUCAGCUUGAUUCUGAUGACAGACCAACACUAGACGUGAACGGCAAAACUUGGAAUGAAUUUUCAAUUCAGAAAGUAGUCCCUUUUGGAAAUAGAAUUGUAUAUCCUGGACCAGUUAUCUCCCGUAUGGCAGAGAAGGACGAUGAUAUUGCCGUUCCUCUCGGAGUGUCAAUAUCUCUUCUGGCUGUUGUCAUUAUUGCCUUCGCCAUAUUAAUUUAUUUUGCUUGGAGAAGGAGAUGGUGUAGAAAGAAAAAAGAGAUUGAUGAACCAAAGAAGGCCAGAGUUGUUGUAACAGAGACAAAGAGAAAGGAAACGGAUAUACCACUAUUUGAAAAGAGAGAACAGUCCAUGGUAUCAAAUUCAGCUGUAUCGAUGGUAUUUCCAACUCAGUUAAAAUCCAGUGAAGGACAAAAGAACGAUCCUAUUUUAGACUGCGAGCAACAAACAAACAAACAAGAUUUAGAAAGCAGUUCUUCGUCACCGGGUGUAACUACCAAAGUAAUUCAGGGGCCAUAUAUAAAAUUUCCGAUUUCGGAGCGCCCUGUUUUCCAGACGACCAAUCUCACGAGAUUCUCUCCUGCUCUUUCAAGAAGCAAAAAUCAGAGUGCAACUGUAAGUCCAGUUCCAAUCUUACACUCAGCAAACAGAACUCAGGACAAUGUGCCAACUCGGCGCGGAAUUGAUAUCGUAACAGGAUGGAUGUAUGAAGAAAAUCCAAAAACUAAAGUAAGAAACUGGAUACGUACACCGAGUGGAGAUAAUAAAUCAGCUUUCCUUGGAGAUUGAUACCAUUGCUCGAAGCUGUGAAAUAAUCAUGAAGGACUUUUAAGUACAUAGUUACUAAUAAUGUUGACUGAAUAUUGUAGAACUAUGUAUUGCAACUGUAACGAU